AUGCCCGAAUCCUACUACAGCGGCGUCGGCUACCCCUACCCCGUCGAGGCCCGCAUGCGCUCCUCCGUCGCCGGCUCCGUCGCCCCCUCCACCGCCUCCCAAUCCACCAUCCGUCCCUCACAUGUUGUAAACCAACAGGGCCAACUAGCCAUCGACUACCCCGCCAGCCAAAUCAGCCGUGCCUCCCACUCCCCGUCCCAGGCUGGUUCGUACCACUCCCUCCGUGACGUCGGUCCCUCCGAUUCCUGUAGCAAUGUCGGCUCCGUGGAGUCUACUAGCUCGCGCGCCAGCCGUGCUUCUAACGUCAGUCGCGCUUCUACUGUCCGCCCUGAGGACUCGCUCAGCCAAGUCGGUGCUCCUGCUGCUCCUAGUGUGAAGUAUGGUCGUGGCAAGGACUUAUCAGGACGGGAAUUGGCGUUGCUUAAUGCCCAAGGCCACUCACAUGCCCCGACCGAGUUCUCUCAGUCCCAGUCUCAAAACCAGGGCCCCGGCCCGCAACUCCUCCCCUAUACCGCCUCCACCGCAGGGUCCAACGUCUCGUCUGAUAGCACUUUGGUAAUCGACAUGCGUGAUCCUAACCGGCGCAACCCUCACCCCAGCAAUCCCCAAGGACAAGGUAAUGGAGGUCGUGGUGGCGGUGGAAGUGCCUACCCGUCUGACCCCCCGACGGUAGUCGUCACGGAGGCGGAUAUCGCGAGGGGGAGGGAGAUGUGGCCUGGUUUGGAUCGGGAGAGUGUUAAGUGUAGGAUGAAGGUGGUGUUGAUUAGGGAGAGGGUGCAGGAGAGGGGGAGGGUUGCGUUUGGGAGGCGUUAG